AUGAAGAGUCUUCGGAGCAAAGCCUCGCACUUCUUUCGAGAUAGCCCAAGUCGUGAUGAGAAGACCGCCAUUACCGAUAGCUCAGAUGCCGACUUCGACGCUGGGAUCCAAGAUGCUGGUAUGAAGAACAAGUCAUCGCGGUUCUUCCGGCGCAGAAACGACAAGCCGGAUACGCCAAUGCCCAUUCUGUCUUCCAAAUCUUCAUCGUCGACACUGUUUGCACUGGUCUCCGACCGUGUAACCCCGACAGAACUUGGCGAUAGCUUUGAGAACUUGCCCGAAUUUGAAGAUGACGACGAGGAAAACACAAAUGCACCUCUACCAGUUUCGCGCAACUCUUCGGCUAUGUCAGAGCACAAACAUACCAAUGGUGGUCUUAACUUGCAUCGACCUAAGUCUCGCCCCAGCUUCGCAUUGCUGAAGGCCAAAGGCAUGUUACUCACUAUUUGCUCGCGCCUAUUCGGAGGCAGUAAGGACAGCGGCUCUACGCAGUCAACACCGCCCCCGCCAAUUCCACAGGUUCCGAAAGGCGUGUCACUUUCCAAGUCACGUCGUCCUAUUCUUACACCUUCAGCCGCAGCUCGUGGGUCGCGCAUAUCUCUUACCAAGGCUCAAGGCCACACUAUCUCCAUCUCGCGCCCUCGACUUAUGGCACAGCUCUGCAGUUCUCCUAUCCUAGAGAACCCUAUCACGGUACCUUUCGAGAUGCGCCCCGGCCCGCCACCUGUUCGUCCUCCUCGGCCAGAUAGUCUCGAUGAAGAGACGCUAGCUUUUAUGCGCGAAAGUGGUACUCGUAUAUUUCUUUUGUCCAGCAACCGUGGUAGCGCAAGCAUGGCGACGACUUCCACACCUCGUAGUCAAUCCAGUUCCAUCGAGGCGCGCCUUGGAUUCCCUUCUGGCUGCGGUACUACUCCACGCAGCUGUUCCAUUGAAUCACCCCUUGCAGCGCGCUUCAUGCUAGAUUCUAAUCAGCGUCUGACCGUUCGCGACAGCAGUGAUGGUGUGGGAUACAGUCGCUUCAGCGAGUAUGUUAGAUUUCAACACGACAGUGUACGUGCGGCGGAUGGUGUUGAUGCAGACUAUCGGGAGAUCGGACCUAUUGAGAGGUAUGAUGCCAGCAAGGAAGGCGACUGGAUGCUUGAGAAGCGGGUUCCCCAAGGACGCGAUGGGAAGGGAGGCGGCAUGUUGUUUCGCGACAAGUGGGGUGGCUUCCACUUUGUCGCUGAUAUCUGA